UGCCGUCGACCUCGCUCGUUGCGGUCCCUUGUGACAGCGGCCGCGCUCGGGCCCGCCCCAAGGGGCUGGAUCGAGGUGCUCGCGCUGGGCCGCACCCGUUCAGCUCUCGGCGUUCAGCGGGUCCCUGGAGGGUCUCGGUGCUGACCCCAGGGCGGUGGGCUUGAAACCCCUCCCCCAGCUGCUUGGCCCUUCAGCAGCUGCGGUGCCAGACUCUUACAUCUGACCCCACUCCUAUGGCGUAGUGAGCCGCAGUCCCUCCGGCUGUGCAAGAGCCCAGGGUCUGUCUGGAAAAAGUCCCUUCCCGAGCAUUGUCCAGAGGCUCUCUUGCUCCGCUUGCAGCUUGCUGUGCAGGGGCUUGAGCCUGGGUUUCAGCCCAGAAAUAUGAACCUGUUCUUGACUUUGUUGCUGGCCUCCAGACCUGACCUGGCUGCAUUUGUAGUCACUCCUGUGCAAAGAGAGCUUGAGCCUGGGGAAUGGCCUGGAGUGGAAAGGCCACGGAUCCCAGAGGUCAGGGUGCCCAGGGACAGGUGUGGGGAAGGGGCUGAAUCCAAACUCACAGUACGGGAUUAAGUGUGUGCUAUUAGUGCGUGCUGACUGGUGCCCCUUUAAAAUGUGUCAGGUCAUAACCAAAAACUUAAAUUAAAAAAACUAGUGAAGUCACGUAAGAGCAUUCUCAUGCUUCGGUGGACCCUUGUAGGUUAUUAGCUGGGUUAGAAGGAUGAUAGGAAGUUAGAAACUUCCUGGAGUCGCAUUAGUUCCUGCUGUACUUCUAUUGGCUUCUCGAGUCUGUAGACCUAAACCAGGUGAACAGGCCAGUAGAGUUUAGUUGAUUUUUAAAAACUCUUUGUUCAUCUAUCCCACUCUUAGGAACAGCUCUGAUAGUCUCUUCUGGGCUAGUUUUUACUCCACACCUGCAAAUGUUUCAUUUCCUAAUAGAGGUAGUUAGCUUUGUUAAUCUGAAGUCAUUCAGAAGGCGAGGUAGAUGUGUACCUUUAUAGACUAACGAAAUAAGAUGUAUACAGACUACAAGAUUUCACUGCAUCAUUUCCUAAUGAUUUUCUUAACAGGAAGUUUCCUAAUAUUCAGCCUACCUUUUUUCACCUGUAGUGCUAGUUUGUACAGUUAGUGUACAUGGAGUGAACUGGUAUAUAAAUAGCCUGAGGAGCUGCCUUGUUCAGAAAAGUUUUCUCUAAAGAUCUUGUGCCCAAAAAGUACAGAAGAGAAUGUACUUUUUAUAUCUAAAAUACUUCCUGUACCAGAAGAGCUUUCAGAAAGCUUACAGUGCAAGUCCAUUGUUUUGUAUUAUGUGUUGUAUGCCAAGAGAGCCUGUUAAAUGCUUCAGAUAUAUUUUUUCCUCUUGGCUUAGUCAUCUUACCCAUGCUAGUAGAUCCUUCAUUCAUACUUCGUUCACUGUCAGUACCAAAGAAGCCCCAUAAUUACCUUCAGUGCCCGUGAAGGUUUUAGAACAGAACAUAGCCUUCAUUUAGGUGUCUGCACUGGCAGUGGUGUGGACUGGAGGAACUGAAAGGUGUUUGCUUUAUGACUUUUUUUGCUCUGCAUGUGCAGGCACAACUGUUCUGCUGAGAAUUUUAGUUUUUUGGCCCUUCAUGUACUGCCUCAAAAUUGUUCUCCCUGUCAACUUCACUGGAAUUGCUGUGCUGCUGACUGCUAACAGAUGUUAAUGAGCAGCAACACAGUUUUUGUAACAAGAGGCAUGGUUUCCUAAAGUCAAGAACACCCUUAACCUUACAAGUAUUGGCUCUGUGAUGCUCCAGUCCUCUGGUCCCUAAAAGAGAGAUCCAUGAGUUAAAAUACACUUUGACUGAGGAACUGGUUUAAUUAGUUGAAAACCUAUUCCCUCCCCCUCCUCAAAAAUUCCAAUAAAACUAGAAACAAUUUUUAAUAGAAGGUAAGAAGUACACUCACAUUGUAAUGGUGGCAUUCAGAGCACUGUGUGAAAUGGAUACACUUGACCACCCGGCAAAACGGGCAAGUGCUGAGUCUGAGACAACACUGGUUUGAGAGUCAGAGAAAUUUACCAUAUUUACUCAAUUAUAAGACAAGGUUUCCCCCCAUUCAAUAUGGGAAAAAUUAAGCCUUGUCUUAUGAUUGCAUACGACUUAUCUGAAAUCAGAAAAUGCACUGGGGAUGUCAAUGUUAGUGAGGAGGCCACAUGGCCAGGCACCUAGUAUGUGGUCAGUCAUCAGAGGGCACCUGGGCACCCCUCAACAUACAGGGUUUCUGGCUGGCCAGUGCAGUCACGCCAAGCUACCUGCCAGCAUGUGUUGCAUUGCUUUGGCACCCUCUGGCUGGAAACCACACAUACAGCUCAAAAUAAUGCAGCAGGUGCAGGCCAUGCCCUGUGCCCACAGUGCAGGGUUUCUGGCCAGCGCAUACUGAGUUGCUCUGAGAUGCUGCUCAAGUAGUGGGUGGUGGAGCAACCUGGCACAUGCUGGCAGCCUAGCACCAGGUCCCUUUCUGUGAGCUGGGUUGUCCCAGCACUUGCUGGUUGAGCAGCAGCGCAGAGCAACUCAGCAUGUGCUGGCCAGAAAUCCCACGCUGUGUGGACAGUGCCUGGCUGGCACCUUUAGGUCACUUUGAGAUGCAUGUGCAGUUUCCCGUCAGAGGGUGCCGAAGCAAAUUGGCACUCGUUGGCAGGCAGCAGCUUGGAAUGACCCUGCACUGGCUGGUCAGAACCCUGCGCACAGCUCAAAAUAACCUGGCAGGUGCCAACUGGGCACCAUCCCUGCAGCAUCAAUUCUGGAUAGAUUACUGGACAAUGCAUGGGUACUAUAUGCAAAUUGAUAUACCCAUGUUUAUUUUCAAGGUUAUUGUUUUCAAAUUUGUUCCUCACUUCCAUGUGUGCAGGGAGAGCAGGGUCUGACAGUAAGGAGAAAGGGAAGGGUCUGCUAGAGAAAAAAUGGGGGGGAAGCAGAGAGCAAAGGGCUACCUGAUCCCACAAAUUUGGUUUACCUGCUGUAGCAGUGAGAGGGGGACAAAUUCGAGGCAAGCCUCCAAUAAUUUGAUUCUAUAUCUGGAAAAUGAUAACACAUUUUUAUAUUUUCCAUAUAUAGAAUGUAAUUAUGGGGGUCGUCUUAUCAUUAGGGUCAUCUUCUAUUUGAGUAUAUACAGUUGUUCUGUUCCUGGCUUUGCAACUGAACUGCUAAAUGAUCUUCAGCCAUCACUUUGCCUUUACACACCUGUUUCCUUCUAACCCUUAUGUAAUUUGUUCAGUUUGUAAGCAUGAGGCUUACAAUGGACUUGUCCCUAAUCUUAGCUAAGCUGUCUAAGCACUACUGUAUUAUUAAUAAUACAACUUGUAUGAUCUUUUAAUCUGAUGGUUUGUCACUUAUAUGUGAAAUGGGCCAGAAGGGGUCACUGUUAAAUGAAAUAAAAGCAACAGUUCCAGCCUCUUCUGGCCAGUUCAAAUGAUAAUGAACCCAAAAUGUAUUGCAUAGCUGCAGGAAAAGGGUAUUGGGUUGUAGGGGCCUCUUUAAAAAGAGUUUGUUUUUACCUUAUAAUUUCAACUAUGGUCUGGGCUUGUAGAUGAAAUGGAAAAACUAGGUGAGAGGUGUUAGGGCUUCUUCAUAUCAAGAUAAUCAAGAGUUUGGAAACUUUUUUUAUACAACCUGUCCACUGUGAUGAUUACAAUGACCCAGCAUGACAAUGAUUUGCAAGGAACUAAUAGUUCUGGAUCAUUGGGUGGUCUUGAUGUUCGCAGACGAAUCCCUAUAAAGCUCAUCUCCAAGCAAACCAACAAAAUCAAACCUGCACCUCGAACUCCAAGAAAUAUGAACAGGAUGCCUUCAAAGACACAAGCUGGUGAUGAUGAAGAAUUUGAUUAUAAUGAAGAGGAACGAUACGAAUGCAAAGGAGGUGAAAUGUUUGGGAAUCAGCGAAGAUUCCCUGGACCCAUCUUUUGGGACUUCAAGAUUAACUUGCUAGGAGAAAAGGAUGAUACGCCAGUCCAUUUUUGUGACAAAUGUGGAUUGCCUAUUAAAAUGUAUGGGCGCAUGAUCCCUUGCAAGCAUGUUUUCUGCUAUGAUUGUGCUAUAUUACAUGAGAAGAAGGGAGACAAGAUGUGCCCAGGCUGUAACGAACCUGUGCAGCGAAUUGAGCAGUGUGUGCGAGGGUCUCUCUUCAUGUGUAGCAUUGUUCAAGGGUGCAAGAGAACAUAUUUAUCUCAGAGAGACUUACAAGCUCACAUCAACCACCGUCACAUGAGAGCUGGAAAACCUGUUACCCGUCCUCCACUUGAACCUGUUCAUCCUCCUAUUGCCCCACCCCCUGCUGAAAUUCCUGAGCGUUUCAUAAUGCCACCUGAUAAGCAUCAUUUGAGCCAUAUUCCGCCAAAGCAGCACAUCAUGAUGCCACCACCACCUUUACAGCAUGUGCCACAUGAGCACUAUAACCAGCCACACGAGGACAUUCGUGCGCCCCCGGCAGAGAUGUCAAUGGCUCCACCACCUCCUCGCUCGGUCAGUCAGGAUACCUUCCGUAUCUCAACAAGAAAACACAGCAAUUUAAUAACUGUCCCUAUUCAGGAUGAUUCAAAUUCAGGUGCCCGAGAACCACCUCCACCAGCCCCAGCACCUGCUCAUCAUCAUCCUGAAUACCAGGGUCAACCAGUGGUGUCCCACCCUCAUCAUAUAAUGCCUCCACAGCAACAUUAUGCACCACCCCCGCCGCCACCACCACCAAUUAGCCAUCCAAUGCAGCAUCCUCCCCAGGCAGCAGGUACUCCUCACAUGGUUUAUAGCCAAGCUCCUCCACCGCCGAUGACCUCUGCUCCUCCACCAAUAACCCCUCCCCCUGGACACAUCAUUGCCCAGAUGCCACCAUAUAUGAAUCAUCCUCCUCCAGGACCUCCCCCUCCCCAGCAUGGUGGCCCACCUGUAAAUGUCAAUGCACCCCCUCCCCAUCACUAUAAUCCUAACUCUUUACCACAGUUCAGUGAAGAUCAAGGAACUCUUAGCCCUCCUUUUACACAGCCAGGGGGAAUGAGUCCAGGGAUCUGGCCAGCUCCAAGAGGGCCACCUCCACCUCCAAGAAUGCAAGGUCCACCUUCUCAAGCCCCUCUUCCUGGACCACACCACCCAGAUCAAGCCAGAUACAGACCCUAUUACCAAUGAUAUGAGCAGUAAAGUGAACUGAGUAUGCUAUGAGAAAAAACUAUACAGCAGCCUUUUAAUGAAUCUGACUGUUUGGACCUCUUGCUUUCUCUCUCUCUCCUUCCGUCUCUCUGUCUCUCUCUCUCUCUGUCUCUGUCUCUCUCUUUUUUUAUUAAUAAUACCAUUGUUGUGACAGUAAGACACUCUGGGCACUUGAAUCUUAAAGGAUUUUUAAGCCUUGACCAUAGGACUUCAAAUACACUGUAGUUCUAAAAUAAGUGGCUUAAUAGACUACAGCUAUGUUUUAACAGAACUUAUGUCCCUAGUGGGGCUAGACAUGCCCCAGAGAUGAUUGCUUGUAAUAUUAUUUCCUGAAAAAUUGAGCAUCCAUUGUACCACUCUAAGUAUCACUUUUGUUAAAUCCAAUGUUUAGUUUUACUUGUGAUAACUUUUUGUUAACCUGUGUACAAUAAUUAAAUUUAAAUAUGGUU